UUCCUGAAUCCUGAGCGGCAGCCCUCCCUCCUUCUAGGUCCUAUCCAUCUCGGGGCCGAGCGUCUCAGCCCCCUCGCUUCGUCUUCCUUCUCGCGCUCGACUGGAUUCCAGUAGCGCAAGCGCCGGCGGCGCCGGGUUGAUCCUCCCUUCGAUCCUCUCGCUCCCAAUCGUUCUCCUCCCAUCGCCCCACGAACCGAUUCUGCCCUUUAGCUUUCAUAUCCUUAAUCUCCCCCAAUUCGUGACUGAGGCGGCCGCUCUUCCUACCUUGCCCUACUGGUCCUCCGCCCGUGGAUAUAUUAGUUGAUGGAAACAGUAGAGCUGGAAGAAGUUGAGAACUGUGUGGUGAAGCUGAGGAGCAAUCCUCAGCGGCACAGGAAUAAAGUUUAUGUCGGCUGUGGGGCUGGAUUUGGGGGCGACCGUCCCAUGGCUGCUUUGAAGUUAUUGGAGAGGGUCAAAGAACUUAACUACAUAGUACUUGAGUGUUUGGCUGAGCGAACACUUGCAGAUCGCUACCAAGCUAUGGUCUCCGGAGGGAAAGGAUAUGAUCCCCGAGUUAAGGAGUGGUUGUCCGUGCUUCUACCCAUGGCUUUGGAUCGAGAAGUUUGCAUAAUAACUAACAUGGGCGCAAUUGAUCCGCCUGGAGCUCAGAAAGAAGUACUGGACCUUGCAUCAAAUUUAGGACUGGAGAUAACCGUUGCUGUAGCUUAUGAAUCAUCAAGUUCAAGUCCAGGGAGCUGUGUAUUAUCGGACGAAUCAAUUGGAGUGGGACAGGGCAGAAGCACAUAUCUUGGUGCAGCCUCCAUUGUGCAUUGCCUGGAAAAUUACAAGCCACAUGUCGUUGUUACUUCUCGGGUUGCUGAUGCUGCACUAUUCUUAGCACCUAUGGUCUACGAAUUGGGUUGGAAUUGGAAUGACUUUGAGAAGUUGGCACAAGGGACAUUAGCUAGUCAUCUUCUGGAAUGUGGUUGUCAGCUCACUGGAGGAUAUUUCAUGCACCCUGGAGAUGCAUAUCGAGAUUUUUCUUUUGAGCAGCUUCUGGAUUUGUCUCUUCCAUAUGCGGAAGUGAGUUGCGAAGGAGAAGUUUUUGUUGGGAAGGCAAAUGAUAGUGGAGGUCUUCUGAGCUAUAGCACUUGUGCAGAACAGCUUCUGUAUGAAGUUGGAGAUCCUGCAAACUACAUCACUCCUGAUUUGGUUGUAGACUUCAGUGAUGUGCAGUUCCAUCAAAUAUCAAAAGACAAGGUUCACUGCAUUGGAGCAAAACCAUCUAAUCCUUGUCGGCCUGAAAAACUCCUCCAAUUGUUACCUACUGAAAUUGGAUGGAAAGGCUGGGGAGAGAUAUCAUAUGGGGGACAAGAGUGUUUAAGGCGCACUCAGGCAGCAGAAUACCUUGUUAGGUCAUGGAUGGAUGAAAGAUAUCCCAACAUUGAAGAAAAUAUUGUCUCAUACAUUAUGGGAUAUGAUAGUUUGAAAGCUAUUGGAGGUAAUAAAGGAAGUUACUGUGCCAAGGAAGUGAUAGAUGCUAGACUUCGGAUGGAUGGGCUGUUUGAGCAGGAGGAGCAUGCUGAUGGAUUUGUUGAGGAGUUUACUGCACUUUAUACAAAUGGUCCAGCUGGGGGUGGUGGCAUUAGCACUGGACGAAAGAAGGAAAUGAUUCUGCAAAAGUUGCUGAUUGAUAGGGAAAAUAUCUUCUGGCAAGCCAAUGUGAAGAACUCAGUCAUUCCUACUUCACAGAAUCAGUCUACAGACGCUGAGAAGGGUCGUGUGAAUAUUUUACAUGAUAACAGGUAUGCAGGAAGUUAUACAAGGGGCAUUCAACAUUUCAAUACAAACUUGGAAGAACCACCAUCUCCUGUAUCUGCUCCAUCUGGAUCAGAGAUUGCUCUCUACCAUGUAGCCCACAGCAGAGCCGGUGAUAAAGGAAAUGAUCUGAAUUUGUCCAUCAUUCCUCAUUUCCCUCGUGACAUUGUCCGGCUCAGGACUGUGAUAACUCCUGAUUGGGUGAAGAAUGCUGUUUUACCCUUGCUUGAUUUUUCACCAUUUCCAAAUGACCGAGCAAUCAUGCGUCGAGAUAAUAUACUUGAGCAUGUAGUCGUUGAAAUUUAUGAUGUCCCAGGCAUCAGCUCUCUGAACAUUGUUGUGAGGAGUAUCCUCGACGGUGGUGUGAACUGCUCCCGAAGGAUAGAUCGGCACGGAAAGACACUGUCAGAUCUCAUCUUGUGCCAGAAAGUAAUCUUGCCUCUGUGAUUGCAAGUGAUAAACCACUAGCACCCAGUGUGGUGUCGAGGAUAUCUGAAAUCACCUACCAAUCUUUUAUUCUUGUGUAAAACAUGCUAAUAACACAGGUGAAAUGAGCAUGUUUAUUGUAUCUUUAUCUUUACUUAUAUAAAGAUCCGAAUUAGGGGUCGUCCGUUCACAUGAGACUACUGCUAUAAAAUGAAUGUAAUUAUACAUAUUCAAUA